UGCUGUGUGCAUUUGCACUCGAAAGCAAACCGGUAGCGGCAAUCAAAAGUUCUAUCCUGAAUGCUGCUGGGUGGCGCACGAUUUCGAAGUGCCAGUGCGGAAGUCUGAAGAAAGAUGAAGACCCUCAUGGUGUUCGACUUCGACCACACAAUAGUGGAUGAAAAUUGUGACACUUGGGUCAUAAGAAGCACCCCGGACAAGCGCCUGCCAGAUUGGCUGGCAAAGACUUAUCAGAAGGGGCGAUGGACCGAGUAUAUGGGCAGGGUUAUGUCGUACAUAGGUGAUCAGGGCGUCACAUCGGAGUCGAUUCGAUCUGUCAUGCAUGCCAUACCGUUCACAGACGGCAUGGUAGAACUUUUCACAUUCAUUUCAGGACACAUGAAUGACAUCGACUGCAUCAUUGUCUCCGAUGCCAACAUGGUGUUCAUCGACUGGAUCCUAGAGGGAGCUGGGCUUCGACAAGCAUUUGACAAAGUGUUUUCAAACCCAGCCAGUGUCGAUAGCCGUGGUUACGUGACGGUUCAGUGCUACCAUUCUCACACCUGCGCCAAGUGCCCCAUCAACAUGUGCAAAAGAAAAAUUCUGGAAGAUUUUAUUGCGACCCAAGACAAAAUGGGCGUACAGUAUGCCAGAACAAUUUACGUCGGUGAUGGAGGCAAUGAUCUCUGCCCGCUUAAGGCAAUGCGUGAAGAAGAUAUUGCGAUGCCACGUAAAGGGUAUACUCUGGAGCGGUUGGUAUUGGUCGGAGUUGUAACCGAGGACGGCACCCCAUUGAAGCCGCGCGUUCUAGUAUGGACAAGUGCUACUGAAAUUCUCAAUGAACUGAAAGCUGUCAUGCAAUAGAACUCUGCGAUGCUGCCCCCUCAGUAACGCGAUGGAAACACAUAAAUUGCCAGUUCAAAGUAACAGUAAUGAUCUGAUUAUUCACUUCGAUUGCUAAGGGCACAUAUCAGAACAUGGUCUAAUCAGUGGCCUUUUGUAUGUGUUGAUUUAAUACGAUGUCAAUAUAACGAACAACAUGUGAUGUAAAGUCAAUUUGGCAUGCUGAAUUUACACAUUGCUAUAUGUUGGGUGUGGUCUUGUCCAUAGUGAACAAUUGACAUGUGAUCUGUGUUAACUUUUUAUUUUAUAAUAAUAAAAACUAUUUAAUAAA